AUGGCGUCAAACACGGAUGCAGGUCCAUCCGACAUCGAUCAACACAACGGCAUGUUCUCAACCACAGCUAUUGAGAGCGGGAUAGGUAGCGCCCUCAGACCACAUCACAAGAUUUCGGUCCAGUAUCCCUGCGAGAACCUUCUUCAGAACGGCGAGCAACUGACCAUACUAACACCCAACUGCGAAGAUGCCUACGAACCACUCCCAUUGGUUCCAGACGACGAUGUCCAAGCGAACUAUCCUUGGCUGGGGUAUGAGGACACGCACUUCACCCACUUACAUCACAUCGCUGAUCAAAACUCCGCAGUGCCCAAGACGGACUCUCUGGAAGGCGACUUUGCGCCCACGGAGGACCUCACUCGAGACAUGAAUGCCUGCCUUCCUUACCUAGCCCUGACGGAGCUUCAGGUGGUGACGUACCGCACAACUGGCGUUGCUUUGGAUGGUGUGACCAGGGUGCGCAUUUCUCGCACGACAACGUUCGCUCACGGCGCUGGCAACACCACGGAACUUCCUGCUGCGGUCUAUGAGACUUCUCUGAGUGACGUGUACUUCGACAUCUUGCGCGCACCAGCUGUGCCCCAGUACUGGCAGGAUAUCGUCUCUCUGAUCGAGCAGGUCAACAAUCGCUGCAUACGCCAUGUCAAGCGCCGAGUCGGGGAGGCGCUGUACGCAGCCCUCUUUCCGAGCACUUCUUGGAGGGCCCCGAGAUCCUUACCGGUUGCUGACAGCGUGGCAAAGCUCGCUGUGUGCCUCAACAAAGCAGAGCUCGAUUCGUUCAACGAGAAAUUGCCGCAGGAUGAGAAGCUUGCUCAGUGUCCAUCGUGCCUAGAGGACUUCGACAUCGGAGACUCCGCGAGAGUGUUCAUGCUACCUUGCUCGCACAAGCACUGCCUAUGCGGAGAAUGCAUGGAGCAAUGGGUAAAACAAAGCAGCCCACAACACGCUCGCUGCCCCCACUGCCGACGACAGAUCGCUAGCCCGCAGUUCGUCUCCGAACUUGCUUCGAUGACGCCAAACUACCUGAACAUGAACGCCCCCUUCCGUUUCGACACACGCUACACCCGCUUCGAGAACGAGGAGAGAUCUUGGGCAGACGUGGACCGGACGCUUGCGGAGUCUGAUGAGACCUUCAUCUUGGUUGAUGCAGAUAUCCUGGUUGCUGCGUGGUACCGUGCCCUUGAGAGCUUCGACGAGAACGACGCCCUCUACCUCCGGCCCGGUGAAGCACCCGAAGCCAACCACUUCCAAGAAGCGUUUCUCGACGGCAUCGAGGACUACCAUGGCCAGACCAUGCAGAUGAAGGAUUUGUUCCAGAGCCUACGCAAGAGCGUCCUGAGACGAAUGCGGAACGAGUACCUGAUGCACGGCAUGCAGCACUACAUGGACGAGACGAGCCUGCAGCAUCUCCAACAGAACGAGGAGCUGGUCCCCUUGAGGCCAGGCUUCGGCUGGUGGAUGGACAGAGUCCUCAACCGGGUGCUCAUGUUCCAGGUCGUUCGUGCUUGUAACGAGUACCAUGAUCCUACUUCGCACUUCUUCCACUCCGAGUCGAACCCUGAGGGUUGGCAUCAUCAUGGUGACAGGCACUUCUACGUCCAGAAGAAGGAUGCGCCGGCUGUGGUGCGGUAG